CUUGAACGUGAACCACCCACCAGGUCGCACCGGUUGCGCCCCUCGCGUCGAACAACCUACACUACAUUCCCUUGUAACUCUGCUGUACUACUAAUAAUCCAAUAUGCUUGAUUCCCUCAUGGACGAAUUGAACACCGCCCUCACAGCCGUGAGUGAGGCGGAGCGCUCCUUGAACCUGACUCACGGCGCAACCUCCCUCAAGCGGUCUCGUGCCAGUGCUGCGUUGGACUCGGAGACCAUUAACCCGCCUAUCGAGGACGACGCAAUCAAACGAUCCCGCACGCAGUACCUGCCCGUCUUCUCUCGCAACCCCAUGAACCCUUACUUGGCUGCUGGCGACGCUGUGCCGACACUCAGGCAACUCCUCGCAAUUGAUACUAGAGCGGCUUAUGCUUCUGGCACGCUUCUCGAGUCUGACAUUCUUGGCGAGAUGAAGACGAACGCCGGUAUGCUACGUGAUCGCAUCAACGUCGACAUCCCAGAGCUGUCCCCGAAGGCUCUCGAACCGGCUGUGUUCUCUGCUUCCUCAGAUGGCAAGAAGACCACUGCGAAUGUCUUGGAUCGUGCUAUGUUCUCGUUCGACAUACUGGGUAGUGAAGCUCGUACCGAAGAUGUCUAUGCUGACUUGGUCCGUCGUGAAGUCGAGACGACCGUGGUCGGAGACGAAGACUUUGACUCAUCCUUAUCGGACAUUCUCCACGACACGGGUGCAACCUUCUCUCAGGGCUCUGCUAGUCUCUUCGGUGGCUGCCUCGCGCAGAAAGUCCAGUGCGCCAAGUGUCAAGACGCGAAAGUUCUACGCAAACGACUGGAGGAACAGAUCAAGACACUUCAAGAUCAGCUAGCGACUAAGCAGCAGAAAGCGCAGGAGGUCUUCCAACUCAGUGGCGAGAACUACUGUGAGUCGCAUAGCGUAGAUGGGCGGGAGUAGAAGCUUAUGCCCAGUAGCACUCGACAUGAAGCUGAGACGC